CUCUGUUGCAGUUUCGUCUUGAGCAGAUGAACUCUGCUUGCUUUCUUUUUCUUUUCUGCUAGAUCAGAAACUACUAACCAUAAUGAAAGGAUGAAGAACUACGGACAGCCGUUAUUCUGUGGGUCGUGAUUUUCAGAUGGAAAUACCAAGGGCACAGAUGAAAAUGGCAAGUGGCCUGGCUUUCCUUCUGCUCAACUCCCUUGCCUGCCUCAUUUUGGUCCAGUUGCUCACUCCUUGCUCAGCUCAGUUUGCCGUACAUGGACCCCCUGGGCCCAUCCUGGCCAUGGUAGGUGAAGACGCUGAUCUGCCCUGUCACCUGUCCCCGACAAUGAGCGCAGAGACCAUGGAGCUGAGGUGGGUGAGAUCCAGCCUUAGGCAGGUAGUGGCCGUGUAUGCCGGUGGAAAGGAAGUGGAAGACAAACAGACCCCAGAGUAUCGCGGGAGAACUUCUGUUCUACGAGAUCACAUCACUGCAGGGAAGGCUGCUCUCCGAAUACACAAUGUCAGAGCCUCUGACAGUGGAAACUACCUGUGUUAUUUCCAAGAUGGCAACUUCUAUGAAAAAGCCAUCGUGGAGCUGAAGGUAGCAGCACUGGGUGCUGAUCUCUACUUGGAAAUGAAGGGUCAUGAGGAUGGAGGGAUCCAUCUGGAGUGCAGAUCCACCGGCUGGUACCCCCAGCCCCACGUCCAGUGGAGAGAUGCCAAGGGGGAGGUCAUCCCGGCUGUGGCAGCACCUGUGGUUGCAGACGGAGUGGGCCUGUAUGCAGUGGCAGCAUCAGUGAUCAUGAGAGGAAGCUCCAGGGAGGGGGUAUCCUGUACCAUCAGAAAUUCCCUCCUCCAGCAGGAAAAGACAGCCAGGAUUUCCGUCGCAGACCCCUUCUUCAGGAGCGCCCAACCCUGGAUCGCCGCCCUGGCAGGGAGCCUGCCCAUCUUGCUGCUGCUUCUUGCUGUGGCGGGUUACUUCUUGUGGCGACAACAAGAGGAAAAAAAGACUCUGUUGAGGGAGAAAGAGAGAGAGCAAGAGAUGAGAGAAUUGGCACAGAGUGCAACGAAGCAGGAACGAAGCACAAGAGAGAAGCUCGAGGAAGAACUCAAGUGGAGAAAAAUCCAGUACAUGGCUCGUGGGGCGAAGUCUCCAGCUUAUGAUGAAUGGAAAGUGGCCCUCUUCCAAGCUGCUAAUGUGAUUCUGGAUCCAGACUCGGCAAACCCCAUUCUCCUUUUGUCUGAGGACCUGAGGGGUCUGCAGCGUGCGGAGGAGGAGCAAGACCGUCCAGACAUUCCUGAGAGAUUUAAUUGGCGUUACUGCGUGCUUGGGAGAGAGAGCUUCACAUCAGGGAGACAUUACUGGGAGGUGGAGGUGGGGGACAGACAAGAGUGGCACAUCGGGGUGUGUAGGAGGAAUGUGGAGAGAAAAGGUUGGGUCAAAAUGAUACCCGAGAAUGGAUACUGGACUAUGGGACAGUCUGGUGAGAAUAACUAUCGAGCUCUCACUGAACCCAGGACCAAACUGACGCUUGCCGGGCCACCUAAAAGAGUGGGGGUUUUCUUGGAUUAUGAGACUGGGGAGGUCUCCUUCUACAACGCCAUGGAUGGAUCUCAUAUUUACACCUUCCCGCACACCUCCUUCUCUGGGCCUCUGUGUCCUGUUUUCAGAAUUUUGACGUUGGAGCCCACUGCACUGACCAUUUGCCCAGCACCAAAAGAAACAGAGAGGCUGGGAAUGCCAGACUCUGUUCCUGACCUAGUUCCUGACCUUCCCCUGGAGACUCCAGUGACUCCAGGCUUAGCUAAUGAAACUAGGGAGCCUGAAGGUGAAGUGACAUGUCCCCUUCUCCCUGCCCAGUCUGGAGCUGAAAGCCUCCCCAUCCACAGCAACCAUCACAACCAUAAGCUACAUGCACAGCCUGAAGCACUUUACUGGUUCAGUUAUUCCAUACGACAGUGGUCUGAGUUUGGCGCCACUUUAUCAUCCCCUUUGUACAAGUAAAAACACUAAACAAAAGUGAAUUAACUUUCCAAAGGUGGCAUGGCUAGUGAAUGACACAGCUGGGAUUUGAACAAUAACUACCAUUACAGAACUUAAAACACACUGGGUGUAUUUUAAAUUAAUUCACUAAGUGGAUUUCACUCAUUUCAGCCUCACAACAGCCUGUGAGGUAGUCUCAUUUUGCAGAUGUGGCAGUUGAUUGGGGGCAAAAUUAAGUGACUUCUGUAACUCAUACAGUAAGUUGUGCAGCUGGGAGAUGCUCAGCCUCAGUCCCUGACCACCUGCCUGUUCUUCUUUUCCAGCCUCAUUUUCCCCAUGGGAAGGGACCACGUGCAGCCCUCAGGUUCUCUUCCCAGAGCAGCCACAGGGCAGGGGUCCUUGUGGGUGGCUGCAGGGGCUACACCCCUCCUGAGUCCUUCACAGCUGAUUGUCAGAGCCUUACAUCCAACACUCUUGGGUUGGCUUUGCACGGUGUCUUGGUCUAGAGAUUAAACUCACUAUAACCAUAUCACACAGGACUCAGGAAGAGUCUAGAGGGAAAACUCUAAAUUAACAAUAGGACAGCACAGGUGUGCCCACCCUAUAAAUGUGGUAAGUGAUCCUGGAACCAAUACCAAUGUUCCUGUGUUCAAGGUCUCUAGGAAGUGAGACUAAUAGCCUAAAGACUGUCAAUGAAACAAGAAUUUGGGAGGAAGGAAGCUAGAAGAACAUCAGGGGUAUUUUUAAUCCCACUGUAGAAUCAGAAUCUAUCUCUAGGAAUGGAGUAUAUUCGCCCUGUUCAUUGGUCGAUAUCAAACCACCAUUCCUUUCAAUGCAUGGAUACUAAGAAACAACUGCUCUUAAUUAUCAUCUCUGUUAUUGUUCACCACUGUAUUCCCUCUAUCUGGUACGUGGUUGUCAAAUUUUAUUUGUACAAUAAAAUUGUUAAUAAUCUUCA